GAGAACAAUUGUUUGUUAUCAUAUGUUAUAUAUAUAAAACAAAGUUGUAGUUCAGGCAAAAAAAUGGGACAAGAAUGGUGGGCGUGACUUAGAGCAUUCACUCUUCACUGGGAAUUCUUCCGAUAAUUGUAAAGGAGUUUGAGAAAACCUUCUUCGAUUUUGGUAACAUAAUACUAACCCUCUAAGAAACUUGGAUUUGGUUGUUGAGCUGGACAUGAUGAACGAUGGAAUUGGAGAGGGAACGACUUCCACUUUGGAAUCAACACAACAGAAUAGUAUCACCGAAACUAAGAAGGGAGAGAAUGUGAGUAAUAACAAAGUUGCGUUCUACAAACUCUUCUCUUUUGCAGAUUCAACUGAUAAAGCAUUGAUGAUUAUUGGCUCCAUUGGUGCUAUUGCAAAUGGUGUUGCUAUGCCCUUGAUGGCCAUCCUUCUGGGUGACCUUGUUAAUGCUUUUGGCCAGAAUCAAAAUACCAACCAAGUGGUCGAUGCCGUCUCCCAGGUGUCUCUAAAAUUUGCUUACUUGGCUAUAGGAGCUGCAGUUGCUGCAUUUCUUCAGGUGGCAUGUUGGAUGGUAACAGGAGAAAGACAAGCAGCAAGAAUGAGGAACUUAUACCUUAAAGCUAUACUCAGACAAGAUGUCGCCUUCUUUGACAAAGAAAUAACCACAGGAGAAGUUAUUGGCAGGAUGUCUGGCGACACCAUUCUCAUACAAGAUGCCAUUGGAGAGAAGGUUGGGCAAUUUAUUCAACUGAUAUCCACAUUCAUCGGCGGAUUUGUUGUUGCAUUUAUCAAAGGAUGGCUCCUUACAUUGGUUAUGUUGUCUGUCAUACCCUUUCUUGUAGCUGCUGGUGCCUUUAUGACCAUAUUCAUUUCAAGGAUGGCUACAAAGGGGCAAACUGCAUAUGCAAAGGCCGCAAUUGUUGUAGAGCAAACUAUAGGUUCCAUCAGAACUGUGGCAUCAUUUACGGGAGAGAAACAAGCAAUUGCAAAGUUUAAUAAAGCAAUUUUAGGUGCCUAUAAAGCUGGUAUUCAUGAAGGAGUAACUUCAGGAGUUGGAUUAGGUGUAAUGACUUUUGUUAUCUUUAGCAGCUACGCCUUAGCCAUUUGGUUUGGCUCAAGGAUGAUUCUCCGAGGGCAUUAUACUGGUGGCACCGUCAUUAAUGUCAUUGUUGGCGUCAUCAUUGGUUCUAUGUCACUAGGGCAAGCAUCUCCCAGCAUGACUGCAUUUGCAGCAGGGCAAGCGGCAGCAUACAAAAUGUUUGAGACCAUCAAUAGAAAACCAGAGAUCGAUCCUUUCGAUCCAAAUGGAAAAGAACUAGAUGACAUUCAUGGAGACAUUGAAUUAAGAGAUGUUUUUUUUAGUUACCCAACAAGACUUGAUGAACAAAUCUUUAGUGGAUUUUCUCUAAGCAUUUCAAGUGGCACAACUGCAGCUCUGGUUGGACAAAGUGGGAGUGGUAAAUCGACAGUUAUUAGUCUUAUAGAGAGAUUUUAUGAUCCACAGGCUGGUGAGGUUUUGAUUGAUGGAAUCAAUAUAAAAGAAUUUCAACUAAGAUGGAUUAGGCAAAAGAUUGGGUUGGUUAGUCAAGAGCCUGUACUGUUUGGUUCAUCAAUAAAAGACAACAUUGCAUAUGGAAAAGAUGGUGCCACAAUUGAGGAGAUAAAAGCAGCAGCUGAGCUUGCAAAUGCAGCUAAGUUUAUUGAUAAGUUGCCUCAGGGACUUGAUACAUUGGUUGGUGAGCAUGGAACCCAACUGUCUGGAGGACAGAAGCAGCGGGUGGCCAUAGCAAGGGCCAUUCUGAAAGAUCCACGGAUCUUGCUUUUGGAUGAAGCUACAAGUGCACUUGAUGCAGAAUCUGAGAAGAUUGUUCAAGAAGCAUUAGACAGGAUAAUGGUAAAUCGAACCACAGUUAUUGUUGCCCAUCGUUUGAGUACAGUAAGGAAUGCGAAUAUGAUUGCAGUCAUUCAUCAAGGAAAGGUGGUUGAGCAAGGUUUACACUCUGAAUUACUCAAAGAUCCUGAAGGAGCAUACUCUCAACUUAUACAUCUGCAAGAAAUAAGAAAAGAGUCUGGAGAAGCUAAAGAUGCUAGAGAAAUUAGGAGCCAAUUGAGUCUAAGAAGAUCAUCCUUAAGAUCAUCAAGCCAGGGAUCCUCAGGGAGGAUUAGCAGCGCUCGUGACUCAUUCAAAGCAGUAGCUGGACUACUAACAGCGGACCCUUUAGAAAGCAUCACUCCAUUACCUGCUGCUGAAGAACAAUCACAAGUUUCAAUCAAGCGUCUUGCCUCUCUUAACAAACCUGAAACUCCAAUACUUGUGCUUGGAUGCAUAUCUGCAGUGGCAAGUGGUGCAAUCUUUCCCGUAUUCAGUAUAAUUUUUGCCAGUGCAAUUGAAAUGUUUUACAAGCCCGCUCAUAUUUUGAGACAGGAUUCAAGGUUUUGGGCCUUAAUGUUUGUAGUGAUAGGAUUUGCAGCACUGAUAUCUUAUCCCGCUAGAAGCUACUUCUUUGCUUUAGCUGGCUGCAAGUUGAUCAGAAGGGUCAGAACAAUAUGCUUUGAGAAAGUACUCCACAUGGAGAUUGGAUGGUUUGAUGAGCCUGACAACUCAAGUGGUGCCAUUGGUGCACGGCUAUCUGCUGAUGCUGCUAGUGUACGUGCUUUAGUUGGAGACACCUUGGGUUUGCUCAUCCAAAAUAUAUCAUCUGCAAUAACUGGUUUGCUGAUUGCUUUCCUUGCAAACUGGAUUUUAGCAUUCAUUGUCCUAGUAUUAAUCCCGCUGGUAGGACUCAGUGGUUAUAUCCAAAUAAAGUUCAUGCAAGGUUUUAGUGAAGAUGCUAAGAAGAAGUAUGAGGAAGCUAGUCAAGUAGCUAAUGAUGCUGUUGGGAGUAUAAGAACAGUUGCUUCUUUCUGUGCUGAGGAAAAGAUAAUGAGACUAUAUGAGAAGAGAUGUGAAGGCCCUAUUAUUGCCGGUACAAAGCGAGGACUGGUUAGUGGAGCAGGGUUUGGCUUAGGCUUUGCUUUCCUCUUUGGUGUAUAUGGCAUUAGUUUCUAUGCAGGAGCCCGACUUGUUGGUGCAGGACAAACAACUUUCAGUGAUGUAUUUAAGGUUUUCUUUGCACUAGCCAUGGCAGCAGUAGGAAUAUCACAAACAAGCUCCUUGGCUCCGGAUACUAGCAAAGCCAAGAGUGCCACUGCUUCUGUAUUCGCAAUUCUUGAUCGUAAGUCUAAGGUUAACCCAAGUGAUGAAUCUGGGAUGACAUUAGAACAUGUCAAGGGUGAAAUUGAACUUCGACAUGUGAACUUUACAUAUCCUACUAGACCCAACGUUCAAAUUUUUCAGGACUUUUGCUUGACAAUUCAUGCUGGAAAGACACUGGCUCUUGUUGGAGAAAGUGGGAGUGGAAAAUCAACUGUGAUUUCCCUGUUGCAAAGAUUCUAUGAUCCAGAUUCAGGUUGUAUUACUCUAGAUAGGACUGAAAUACAGCAGCUACAGUUGAAAUGGUUAAGGCAACAAAUGGGACUUGUAAGCCAAGAGCCUGUUCUUUUCAAUGACACGAUACGUGCUAACAUCGCAUAUGGAAAGGCUGGCAACGCCACCGAGGAUGAAAUAAUAGCUUCUGCAAAGCUUGCAAAUGCUCACAAUUUCAUCUCUAGCUUGCAACAGGGCUAUGAUACAGUUGUAGGUGAAAGAGGAGUUCAGUUAUCAGGUGGACAAAAACAACGAGUUGCAAUUGCUCGGGCUAUAGUAAAGGACCCCAGAAUACUACUGUUGGAUGAAGCUACAAGUGCGCUCGAUGCUGAAUCCGAGAAAGUUGUACAAGACGCAUUGGAUCAAGUCAUAGUGAAUCGCACUACAAUUGUUGUUGCUCAUAGGCUAUCCACCAUAAAGAAUGCUGAUAUGAUUGCAGUGGUUAAAAAUGGGGGUGUUGCAGAGAAAGGAAAGCAUGAAACUCUAAUGCAUAUCAAGGAUGGAAUUUAUGCUUCCUUGGUGGCGCUUCACAUUAGUGCAUCCUCCUAGUCCCAUUGCCUCCAAUUGCAAAUGCUUUCCUCUGUUUUAGAUAGUGUUGUUCUUGUAAAUCAAUGAAGAAAACAGAAAAGUAUGUUAAAUUUGAUUCUUAUGGAGAAAUUUAUGUUCUUGUGAAAGUCAUGUAAAUUUUAACGACAAAGCUCCAAUUAUAAGUAGAUUAAUAAACAUGUUAUAGCAAUAAACAAGCAAAAAUUCACCACAAAUGUUAAAUUCUUCAAUUGUAAUUUA